UGCAGCCCGGACUGGAGAUGGCGCUUCGGCUUUGGGGGGAGAACUGACGGGUCUCUCUGGCUUCCCCCCCGAAAGCCCGCUUCUCCCGGGGGGGGGGGAGACGCCAGGAGGAAGAGGAAGCCUGGAGAAAAAGCUCGGGAGCGUCUCAUGGCCCAAAGGUACGAUGAUUUGGUACAUUACGCCGGAAUGGACGGGGGAGUGUCUCUGCCGGCCUUCGGGGACCCACAUUCGGGCAGGGCUCUGCAACACCACGCGUUGAACCAGGGGGGCCCUUAUGGAGCGGCGGGGGUUAACCACCGGCCGGGGAUGCCUCCGGGACUGGGCGCCAACGACGCCUUGAAGAGGGAGAAAGAUGAAAUUUACGGGCACCCCCUGUUCCCUCUGCUCGCCCUGGUCUUUGAGAAAUGUGAGCUGGCCACCUGCUCUCCCAGAGACACGUCCGGUUCUUACCCCGGAGGAGACGUCUGCUCAUCGGAUUCCUUCAAUGAAGACAUUGCUGUCUUCGCCAAACAGGUUAGAACAGAAAAACCUUUAUUUUCUUCCAAUCCUGAGCUGGAUAAUUUGAUGAUCCAGGCUAUCCAAGUGCUGAGGUUUCACCUCCUGGAGUUAGAAAAGGUUCACGACCUCUGCGACAACUUCUGCCACCGCUACAUCACCUGCCUCAAAGGCAAGAUGCCCAUCGACUUGGUGAUCGAUGACCGAGACGGAGGGUCCAAGUCCGACCUGGAAGACUUCGGGGCUGCUUGUCUCUCUGACCAGAGCAACUCCUGGAUCCGAGACCACGAUGAGACGGGAUCGACCCCCUCAGGGACGCCGGGACCCUCCAGCGGUGGGGUUGCCUCCCAAAGUGGAGACAACUGCAGCGAGCAAGGAGAUUGCCUGGAUAACAGCGUGGCCUCCCCCAGCACGGGGGAAGACGACGACCUGGACCGGGACAAGAAAAGAAACAAGAAACGUGGCAUUUUCCCCAAGGUGGCCACGAAUAUCAUGCGUGCCUGGCUUUUUCAACACUUGUCGCACCCUUAUCCCUCAGAAGAACAGAAGAAACAGUUAGCCCAGGACACGGGACUGACGAUCCUGCAGGUCAACAACUGGUUUAUUAAUGCCCGAAGGCGCAUAGUUCAACCUAUGAUCGACCAAUCAAAUCGCACAGCAGGUCAAGGUACGCCAUACAGUCCCGAUGGGCAGCAAAUGGGAGGUUAUGUGAUGGAUGGGCAGCAGCGCAUGACCAUUCACCCCCCAGGACCAAUGGGAAUGGCUAUGGGUAUGGAGGGUCAGUGGCAUUAUAUGUGAAAGUCUGAACUCUCUGCUGACAUCAGAGGGGAAGAGUCCAGUUCUAGGCUUGGUGACCUGGAGAAGACACUUCCUGGCUUACAGGCACAGGAUUCACGGAGCAUCAGGACCUGGCGUGCCCUUCCUUUGGACUUCCCUGCACUUGACAAGAAUGUCCUUCCUCCCCACGGCACAUGGCUGUUCUCUGCACUGCCACACCGCCCUCUCCUCCAGGAGGGAACAUGCAUGGACAACGUGGCCCAUGCCUCUCCUUCUACGGCCCCUCUUUCCUUUACUCCUUUCUCCAAAGGAGGACCUCCCAGUUACACGUCCCUCGGACUUCAAGGGUUCCAAAACAGCCUUUUGCCUGCUAAGGUUUAGGCACCAGAUGGUGAAGCGCUACAAGCUACAAGCAAGCCGCCUUUGAUGGCAACUCGUCCCAACAUCAGAAGAAGGGACAGAUGGACAGCACUGGUCAACUCUGGAAGAGAACUGCGGGGCGGGGGAGAAGCAAAGGGGUUAAUUGUUAAGUUGUCGGUCUCUCUUUCUUUCUCUCUCUCUCUUUUCCCUCCCCACACACAGAAAAUGUACGCCCCCCUCUUCCCCCCCCCACCUGGGAGGCUGCUGUUGGCCACAUUGGCCGUGUCCAUCCACGGUGGUCUCUCCGUCAUGAACUUCUUUUCAAACAAGACGAGAAUUCCCAGAGGUUGUGUUUUGUUUUUUAAAAUUUCUGUUAUCCUUUCUUUUCUUCCUUCUUUCUAAUAAUUUAAUUAUUGAUGUGGAUGAUCAGAGAGGGGAAGUAAAUUAAAU